AUGGCACCCGACGACGAGCCUGUUCACGAUGAGGUAGACCCUUUCCUUUCCGACUCUUGCAGCGAGUCUCAAGCACCUUCUAAAUCGUUGUCAACCCCACUCCCAAUAGGCCAGCUCACGGCCUUGUGCACGGUGAGGCUAGUAGACCCCAUCGUGUUCACACAAUUGUUCCCAUACGUGAACGACUUCAUAAGCGAUUUGCACCUUACCGAUGAUUCUUCUCGCAUCGGUUUCUAUAGUGGCCUGGUGGAAAGUAGCUUCGCAAUAUCACAACUGUGCUCGAUAUACCUAUGGGCAAAGCUAUCUGAUAUCAUUGGUCGGAAACCCGUCAUUCUUACGGGUACGCUGGGGACAGCAUUAGCAACCUUGGGUUUUGGCUUAUCAAAGUCAUUGGCUGGCAUUUUGUUUGCGCGAGGCUUAGGGGGUCUGUUCUCCGGAGACCUUGCUGUUAUCCAUUCAAUACUUGGGGAAAUCACGGACUCCACGAAUCAGGCCAGAGCGAUCCCUUUCUAUACACUCAUGUGGCCAGUGGGGUCCGUAGUUGGGUUAGUAACUUGUGCUCUGGUGGCAUAUGACCGUCUCACCAUGCGGAUCAUCUAUCAUAGCCCUCUUAUUGGUGGAACCUUUGCUCACGCAGCCUCUAAAUACCCAGAUCUAUUUGGUUAUGCCAUCUUUGAGAAGUACCCCUAUUUUUGUCCGUGCCUUCUUUCCGCCACUAUUGCGUUUGUUGGUGUUCUUCUUGGGUUCGUAUUCUUGGAAGAGACUCUGCCUAGCAAGCGCCGACGGAACAAUGCAAAAUGCACUGCGAGUGUGCCAAGUCUCGACACGGGUUUACCAAUUCAGGAUCACAAAUCCAUGAGCUUGAAGGAAGUGUUGUCAUCCCCUGCCAUAUCCGCUCUUGUUUCAUCCGGUUUUUCGCUGAGCUUUGUAUACACGUCUUUUGACGUUGUAUUCGUACUUUUCUGCUAUUCUCCAGUCCACUCAGGUGGCCUGGCGUUCUCCGUUUCAAAAAUAGGGUGGUCACUCGCUAUCGCGGGGUGCAUUUCUUCCACCCUCCAACUGUUCUUCAUGCCUUACCUUCUACGUACAUUCGAUUGUGCGAAGAUGUACGUCUUCUCCAUGGGCAUGUGGCCUUUUGUCUAUUUCUUCAUUCCUUUCCUCAACCUCAUUGCCCGUUGGGGCUUUGCCGAGGAUGGGAAAGUGGGUGACAAGGUGGUGGUUAUUCUCUGGAUCGGGAUCGCAAUUACUCUUGGACUAUCAAAGAUUGGGUCCCUGGCAUAUUCGACAAGCAUAAUCCUGGUCAAGGAGCAUUCGCCGAAUCCAGGUGCACUAAGUCAGUCGAACGGUAUCGUGCAGUUUGCAAUGUGCUUUGCACGGUCCUUUGCACCAUUUCUAGUCAGUUCUCUCUUUGCUCUAUCUAUUGACAACAAACUACUAUGGGGAUACCUCUGGGCUGUCGUCAUGAUAUGUAUAUCUACUGUCAGCGGCAUUGAUGCUCGCAGGAUCUUAUCACAUCGCAAAAGACAGCCGCAUGAAGAAUGGCAGAUGACAAGCAGACACCUUUAG